UUAAAGAUUAAGUCGCGCUGCCGAUGCUGACGUCAUGACGUGCAGUCACGCAGUUCACGUCGAUUUGAAUAAUCCGUCAACAGGCAGAGAGAGUUCAGACAGGAGGAACAUAAUCGACCCGCACGAGCCCGCAGAGACUCGCAGAGACCCGCAGCAGUGAGAACCGAACGAGUCGUCAUGAACAGCGUGAAGGGUUUGAUUCGGGGUGUCAGCCGAGUGACGCCCGUCCUGAGCCGUGCAGUGCAUUCUGGGACACGUGCAUCCUAUUCGGUGGCAUCCAGAGCGAAACACGAGGAGCGUUCGCUGACGUCAGAGGAGGUGUACGCCCGCGAGGAUCGAUACGGCGCUCACAACUAUCACCCGCUUCCUGUGGCGCUGGAGAGAGGAGAGGGGGUUCACGUGUGGGAUGUGGAGGGUCGCAGGUAUUUUGAUUUCCUCAGUGCGUACAGCGCUGUCAAUCAGGGUCACUGUCACCCGAAAAUCAUCGCCGCCCUGACGGCUCAAGCGUCCAGACUCACGCUCACCUCCAGAGCGUUUUAUAACGACAUCCUGGGCGCUUACGAGCAGUUCAUCAGCACGCUGUUCGGAUACGAUAAAGUCCUGCCCAUGAACACAGGUGUGGAGGGCGGAGAAACGGCCUGUAAACUGGCUCGUAAGUGGGCGUACACUGUCAAGGGCGUUCCCAAAAAUGAAGCCAAGAUCAUUUUUGCAAAUGGGAACUUCUGGGGUCGGACGAUGGCGGCGAUCUCCAGCUCGACGGACCCCAGCAGUUACGAAGGGUUCGGCCCGUUCAUGCCAGGAUUUGAGCUCGUCCCGUAUAAUGACAUACCUGCACUGGAGAAAGCGUUGCAGGAUCCGAAUGUGGCAGCGUUCAUGGUGGAACCCAUUCAGGGUGAGGCGGGUGUCGUGGUUCCUGAUCCGGGUUACCUCACCAAAGUCAGAGAACUCUGUACUAAACACAAUGUUCUGUUCAUCGCUGACGAGGUUCAGACGGGUUUGGCUCGUACGGGUCGUCGUCUGGCUGUCGAUCAUGAAGCUGUGAGACCUGAUAUAGUGGUGCUGGGAAAAGCUCUGUCGGGAGGAGUGUAUCCUGUGUCUGCUGUGUUGUGUGAUGAUGAUGUGAUGUUGACCAUUAAACCAGGAGAACACGGAUCAACAUACGGAGGAAAUCCUCUCGCCUGCAGAGUCUCUAUCGCCGCCCUGGAGGUUCUGGAGGAAGAGAAUCUAGCGGAGAACGCGGAGCGGAUGGGUCAGAUCCUCCGCGCGGAACUCAACAAACUGCCGCGAGAGGUGGUGAGCGUGGUGAGAGGGAAAGGACUCCUGAACGCCAUCAUCAUCAGAGAGACUGAAGAUUAUGACGCCUGGAAGGUGUGUCUCCGUCUCCGUGACAACGGACUGCUGGCCAAGCCUACUCAUGGUGACAUCAUCAGAUUUGCCCCGCCCCUCGUGAUAAAAGAAGACGAGGUCCGCGAGUGUGCGGACAUCAUCAGCAGAAGCAUCAUGUCGUUCUGAAGUAGAACGUGACGACUUUAAUGAUGUUACAAUAGUGUUUUAAAUCAUAAACCGUGAAUGUUAUAACAGGUCAACAAACUGCUUUUAUUUUAUUAUUACACACUUAUUUUCUUGCCGUUCUGGAAACUGUUGGAUGAAAAUAUAAUGCUAAUACAGUCUGAUGUCAUUUCCUGUGAUGAAUCUGACGUGUGGCGGGAAUUCUGUGGCGUUUACGGUUUAUUUCUUGAGAAUAAAAUAAUGAAGUUAUUGUUACAGUAUUAAUGAAACCGCACAGAAGAAAACGCCACAUUAUAAACAUAUCUUAAACUCUCACGUUUUAACAAUUCCAUGGAAGAAUCCGAGAUCGAGGCACUUGAAUAGAAAUGACUUCUCUCCCUGUAAGAGAGAUUUGUGCACUUUAACAACACAAACAUGAUCACCAUUGAAUUAUGCAAAAUAUUGCAUGUUUCAAACAAAUCCUGCUGCAUAUUUUUACUGUAAUUUCUAAUGAUUUUUAAAGAGAAAUCCUCCCGUUUAGAGUCGCUCAUCUCACAAACAUCCCGUCAGAAACGAUGAUGUUUUACGUUUGUGUUCAAAUAAAUCUUCAGUUUACUGA